UCCUGGAUUUAGUAACACUACCUAUACCAUACCUUGGUAUGAUGCAGCAUACAAGUCCUACUUAUAGUCCUAGAUGAGGCUUAUAUGAUUCCUUAUUCUUCGUGGAUAGAAAAGCUCGUUCACCGUCCCCAUUCCCUCAUAACGGAUCCUCCAUUGGUUUAUUCCAUCUAAUUUCCAAUGAAGCGCAUAUAAUGGAUUCCACCAGUACCGAUGAAUACAGACCUUGUUAUAUUACAUACGACUCAUUUCCUGAAUUUAAGCAAUCUUGGAAACGUUCACUCGCCGACAGUGCCCCGACUUUGCGGGACGAAUUUCCAGACUAUCAUCUAUCCGAUCCGGAAUCUCUUGUACACACACGUACACAAGCAUGUACAUUUGAUAUCGGGACAGGAUCAUCUAUAUACACGCAAUCGAUAAUUCCUGCAAUAGUCAGAGCGAAGCAUGAAGUCAUCCUUGUAACUUGUUUCUGGGCUAAGUCGCCUACCCUAACCGCGCUGAAAGAGACCCUCGAGAGACUUGCAGAAUGGCGCCGCCAACGAAUCCAGGAGAUCCGUGCUUCUAACCCCAACGCAAAUAUUUCAUCAUUGAGAAUACGUAUAUGCUUUUCAUCAAGGUCUUUCUUCCAAAAACUAUUUCAUACAUCAUCGAGAGAUGGAUAUGUAUACCCCCAAUCGACAUGGUCAAGACAACUUGGCUUGCCCAAUCCUGAAAUUCUGGAAGCUGGCCUUAUUGACCUCCGCAUUAAGAGCUUAUUCUUCUUGCCAUUCAGCGUGAUGCAUCCGAAAUUUCUCAUUGUUGAUCGGGAAAGAGCCUGGCUUCCUAGCUGCAAUGUCAGUUGGGAAACAUGGCUAGAGUUCUGUGUUGAGAUUACUGGAGACGCCGUAGAUGGUUUAGUGGAGUUCUACAGACACGUAUGGGAUAAGAAGCUCGAAAAUAUUCCUCAACCUGGUUCGGAUGAUGCAUCCCGCAAGCUCCCAAGUCCACGCUUGGGUGAUCUUCAGUUGACGUCUACUUUGAGCACCGUUGGUAUUUUUGAAGGCCUUUUGCCGGAUGUUUCAAUCCCGACAGUGCUUCUGCCGUCUUCCCAUCAUCGCAAUCCCAAAUUUGACAUUAUUCCGUGGCAUAAUUCACCAUCCCCGCCAUCGACGCCUCUUAAUGUUGCCAUUCUGCUACUCUUAGACAUCGCAAAGCAUUUCAUUUAUAUCCAGACCCCCAACCUAACAUCUACGGCGGUAAUUGAUAAACUUCUUGAAGCCCUAGAGCGAGGCGUCAACGUCGCGAUAGUCACAAGCAAGAGAUUGAUGAUUCUAGAGCAAUUAGUCACCGCAGGAACAACGACUUCAAUCUGCGUCCGCUCGUUAAUUCAGAGGUAUGACAGACUUAGGACUCAGUACCAACAAUCGAAGGGGACGGGCAAUCAAGCAACCCCAGAUCAGUCGAUUGACAUCGAGGCACAACGGCCUCCAUUAGGACGUUUGAGAAUCAGUUAUUUCCGUCCGGAUCCAGACCACGAAGAUAAGAAAGCAAGCGAAGAGCCAGUACAAUCACAUAUGAAAUUCACACUUGUAGACGGUCAAUAUGUUGUUCUUGGGUCUGGAAACAUGGAUCGCGCCAGCUGGUUCACAAGCCAAGAAUUAGGAAUUAUGUUUCAUUCGGGGAAAGUCGCAGGCGCAUUGGCCUCCGCUGUUGGUAUAGCCCUCAGUCACAGAAAAGAGCAUGUUUUUUCAUCAACCGCAGAAGACGACGAAGAAUCGGAGCGACAGCCGAGCUCACAAGAGUCCACAACCAACCAGGAUUAUCAACAUAGUAAGAAAACGGCAAGUUACGUUCAAGGGGAACGAUCCGGGAUGUCGCGGUCCAGAUCAGACUUCUCCGCAUUUGUAACUUCUAGGAUGACCUUUGAACGAUUCAUGAGUGGGAAACCUGCCAAUCCACAAGACGGUCGAAGUUAGUUACCCAUUAGCGCGGAUGGGCGGAGUUCUUGGACGAUGGCGUUGCCCACAUCCCACGGGUUCCCACAUGGAAAGCCACGCGUUUGGUUCGAGUCCAUACCUCGGUUAAAAAAAAAGCCGCAUCAAUAACGAGUAUUCAGCCUUGCGUUUAAGUUCCUAAGGCAGACUUAAGAAACUUUAGUAUAGAAUACGAACGUGGCACACAUGCAGAAUGAGACCUUAACGAGACCCCUGUCCCGCUAUCCCACCCGCUAGAUACGGCU